GGUCAGAAGACACAUAUAUAUAUAAUUUAUAUGGAUACACUCGUAUUUUACUUGGAAAAGACGGCAAAUGCACCAAAUGCACAUUAAAUAAGCCCUCUGUCUACCCCUCACACGAAUUACCCCGCCAAACGAUCAAAUCGGUGCUCUCGGUAUUUCCAGAAAGAAGAAAAAGAUCAUCACCGGGGUCUCUUCUUUGCAUGAGCGUGCAAAAUCUCCGCGUGUGUACUAUUUCAGAUUGAUGGGCGGUAUUAGGUAACUCGUUCUUGAAGCUUUUGGGUGAGAAAGAACAAACCGUUGAUGCCCAGAAAGUUAAAUUCCUAGGAGAGUAAUUGAUUGCUUGGACGAUGGAGAUAGAAUGAGUCAAGGGCUGAUGAGGAGUGGGAAGUGUUAUCUAUCUUAUCUAUGAUUUUAUGAUCUUGCAAGAAAGAAAACACAGGAAAAUCGUCAUAGUUUUUUUCUCGAGUUGAUGCCAAUAUAGAUACUUCUUUGCCAGCUUCUUUGCGAUCACCACUAAUUGCUCCCCCAAUUGAUCAUACACAGUGAUAAUCCAUUCAUUGUGGUCGGAAUUACUUCUUUGUACACCUAAAACAUAUCCUCAAAAGCAGAACAACGAGCAGGAAACUCCAAAGCCGAAAUCAAGACGAGAUGUCCCAAGAAGCAUACAAGAAAGUCGGGCGAGGCGGCGCGGGGAAUUUCUACAGUAAACAGGAUGUAGAGAGGAGUAAUGGUACUUCUGAUCUCGAAGCCCAAUCCUCCUCCUCUUCCAUCAAGCAAAACAAAUCUCCCUCCUUACUCUCACAGGCAUUGCGCGCCAAAGGCACCGCUGGACCACCGCCAGAAUAUCAACGUUUGUUCCCCUCCCCUCUCUCAUUCCAAGCAAGAGAGAGUUAGCUCACACCUCAAACAAACAGACACCGGUCGCGGUGGCGCAGGCAAUCUCACUUCUCCUGCUUCGCUCGUGAAUUCGGGUCUUACGCAAACAUUGACGAAUUAUGAUAAUCCGACGAUUAACCCCGCGCCCCCGUCGAGCUCGCCGAGAAAUGUGAGGAGUAGCAUGCAGAGCGUUGUUUACAAGGGUGGGCGAGGAGGCGCAGGAAACUACGAUUGGGAGAGCGACGAAGCAUCCAGAGAAACGCAACGCGUCUCGGAAGAGAACUCGCGCAAAGAAAUUGAACAGCAAGUGAUGGGUGUUGUUGAUGGGGAUGGAGAACAGGGGCUGAAGAAACCUGGUAAGGCAUAUGAUAUCAAUGGAGGAAAGGAGAUGGAGGGCUCAAAGGGAGGGGCUCUGGGUGGAGUUUUGGAGUAAAUACAAAAUUGAAUGGGGGAGUGGUGUUUCUGGUGGGUUGGUUAUGGAUACAAGAAUUGGGUAUGUAUUGGCUGGGUGGUAUGGCUCGGAGGGUUGGGAUGGUAUACAUGAUGCACUUAGUCCAGGCGACAGGGCGAUAUUGAGCAACUGCUUAUAUUGACAGAUGAGAGAAGAUGAGACAGGAUGAGAUAACAAGAAGCUAUCUUUGUAAUUAUAUUGUAUAGGCAUCGGAUUUAGGUUUUGGGUGAGGAUACAUAUAUGACGGGCGACUGUCCAGUAUUGACUUUUUUCCACACAUUUUGUUUGAAAGGGAUGCUUCAAUCUGAGGUUCCUAAGGAUCUCA